UCGAUGAACAGCCUCCUCCUGUUGCUGCUGUUGCUGUUGCUGCUGCUGCAGAGAGUUUAGUGCCUUUUCCUCCUUCGCUGUCAUGGAGCCGCAGGAGAAAAAUCACCACCAUCUUGGAUCACUAUUGUUGAGCGUGUUGUUCGUGUUGUGUUCUCAGCUGAAGUUUGCUGUGGCGGGAGAUUGCCCUGCAGACGGACGCACCUGGGUGCCCUUUCAAGACAGAUGUUACCACUUCGUCCACGGAGAAGAAGACAAAAUAAAAAGCUAUACCUUUGAGAGAGCAAGAUCUCUCUGUCAGGGUUAUGAGCUUUUGACCAUACAGAGUGCAGAGGAGAACGACUUUGUUAUUAAAUAUAGCCCAGAGGUGUGGAAAGGCAAUGUCAACGUGUGGCUGGGAAUGAGCUAUGAUACAAACAGUGACGACAUGAGGUGGUUCGGUGAGGACUCUGUGGGAUUCACUAACUGGGAGGACAGCUCGUCUCCGUCAGACCUCGCGCCCUUGGACAUGUGUGUGGCCCUGCACAGCAACACGGGAAAGUGGGAGAAUGUGAGCUGUCUGGACGACGUGGAGAACGGAGUGAUCUGUGAGGCAGUGCAGAAAGCAGAGAAAGUCAAGCAGAAACCCAAUGUGCUGCUUUCCACCCUGGUCAUCCUCAGUGUCGUUGGUAUCAUGGGAGUCUCGGCAGUUAUUUGGUUCCUUCACCAGAAACACAAUAUCGGCUCCACCAUCCUGACGGCAUUCGAGUAUCACCCUCCGUUCCGAGUCCUGGACACAGACCAGUCCUGCCUGGUGGAGGCCGAGGAAACUGACAGUGUGCCAUAGGAGAACGUACUCUCACCUGGCCCCAGUGGGCGUUCAUGUAAAGAGAAGUCCUCUCUUACAACAGUUAGUGAGACAGCUUUUGGGAUAACACGUGUCAGAGUAUUGUGAGGGGGAAAAAUGACCGGGCCUUUUCUCUGACACUAACCUCUUCACACUAAAUAUCUCACUACUACUUUGCUUUUGUCUCGAGAAUCUGCUGUCAUUUUCUCCCGAUUGAUUCAUUUUCCUCAGAAAUCAUCGCUUGGUUGUACAUAGUAUCAGAUGCUUGAAUAACUUUUAAAAUCAUUCUGUUUUUUUUGGUAUGUAGUGUUUAAAAGAGCAAAGCAGCCGUAGUGCGAUUUUUAGAGUUAACACGCAUUUUCUGUUGGUGUGAAAACCCGUUUGUGGUCGUCUUCUGUAGUUGACUUGCUUGAGUUAGGUUGGAUUCAUGCGUCUUCAGAUGACCACAGAAGACGACUGUGACCUGGACGAGUGAGAACCUUCACAGGCCCCAUAUAUGGUCUCUAAUUUCCAUAAAAUUGGGAGACUUACGAAUCGACCUAGAAGAGGCUGGUAAAUCCUGAUUCAUAUUCCCCGAGUAUGACUUUUAAAUACAUUUCCGCACAAUGUGACAAAGUGCAUGCUUUCAUUUGAUGGCAUUGUAACACAGGCUCUCCGUUAAAAGCUAAUCAUCGGUUUUAUUUUUGUCAGAAAUCGUGCCGCUUCCUCCAGAAGCUAAUGAAUUCAUUCAAUCAUGGAUAGGUGAAUGUUUAAUCCGAUGCUGUCAAGGGCACAUGUAGUGUGAUCGAUUGCAUGUCGAUAUGUAUGUAUGCAUGUAUGUACUCUAGUCUAGUCCACUUUCACUGCAUUUUGUAAAGUGGCACCGAGGGCUGGAUCUUAUCCGUCCAAACUUGUUUUGUUGCCAAAAGACCUUCUGGAAAAUCUUGGUUGUGAUGAGAUGAGACACGAGACAAACAAUCAUUCGAGCAGUAAUUAUUGUCACUGUGUCAUUUUUCAUGUUGUCAUGAUUUUAGUUUUGGAAUUAUUGAUCAUCCUGUUAAAGACAAUCUAUAUUUGGCCACAUGAUGGCUAAAUUGCACAAUAAUGACCCCUUUUAACAUUGUUUUUGUUUAUUUAGUCCCCCCUCAACAGUAUUAAUAUGCUUUUGUGCAAUAUCUGGCAUUGAUUUGGCAGAACCUGAGCCUCUGUGCGUUUUUCAAAUUAAAGAAUGUUUGUAAGACUA